CCGAUGCUCAACCCUCGUAUCCGUAAGAUGUUGCCGAUCACUCCUGCCAAGUUGCGUCGUGGAGCUGCUGAGCGGCAGAUUGUGAAGUGGAAGGACGUGCGCGGCCCCAUCGCCGCGGUGCAGGCCACUCUUCUGCAGAUUGGCUGGGGUCCACAGAGUCCUGAUGCAUGGCUGUUCCCAGCUUUUGGUGACGAGCAGUUUGCGACCGCUGUGGCCUCGCACUUUGAAGAUGUGCUUGGGGCCUUCAUGGGUGAUUGUGUGCAGCUGCAGCGGAUGGAGGCGGCCCGCUAUGUGGCUGGCGAGGAUCUGGCAGCAGGUGCUGGCGUGAAGACGGUGCAGAUGGAGCUGAGCCGCCUCGCUCCCCAGUCCAAGUUCUACGAGUGGGCCGCCGACGUUGCCGUCACCUCGGGGGGCCAGUGGACUCGUGGGCGGCAGGCCCUCGCGGGCCUCGCGGCCCAACCGGCGCUGCGGCUCAGGGGUGUCCCCUCGAAGGACCUCACGGUGCCCAG